UUGCCCGGCCUGGCUGGCUGCACGGCCUUUGUCAGUCUGAACUCCGUGUGCCUAACGCCCCGCUCUGUCAAAACUCGCGCCCGUGAAAACGUAGCAGGAGUCUGGAAUAACGUUUAUAUACACACGCCUUCAAGUGUCUGAACCCGUCGGGAAUACAAUCUUUGGUCAAAUUUGGGGAAAGAUGGGUUACGAGGAUCACCCAGACGGAGAGCAAUGCUUCCACAAGAUUGCAGUCGUCACCAAGUACUCAGGGCUCCUGGGCUUGGUGGCAUCAACAUUUGAUGUGCUGAUGUUGAGCAAGACACCAGGUUAUGUGCCAACCUUUCUCUGCUACAUCAAGAGCACAGUACCUGCAGCAGCUGCUGGGGCUACCUUUGCUGCAGUGACAUGUGCCUCCACUACUGUUAGGGGCAAAGAUGAUAAAAUGAAUUAUUUCUUUGGAGGAGCAUCAGCAGGGGGAAUUUUUGGAGUUGUCGCACGUUCCUUCCGGAUGGGUGUGCCCUUGGCAUUUUUCCUGGGUGCCUGUGCCACUCUUUACAAGGACUCUAAGGACAAUGGCUGGAGCUUUAUUCCAACUAAUUUCAAGCAUGAGAUGGGAAUGAUUGAUUCCUCCAGCAGGUAUGAUUUCACUUUAACAAAAGAAAGGUAAUUUCUGGAUUGGUAUCAUCAUUCAAAUAGUUUAUUGUAUGAUUAUUGUUACAAUUAAGAUGUGUGAAGGCAUGCCUCUAUGGAGUACGUACUGUAAACUAGGCCAUUUGAUCAUCUAAAGAUCACAUGCAGGCUGUAUUAUAAAUCUUGUAAAUAAAUUUUCCCAUUCAAAGAA